AGGAGGGGGAGAGAGAGCAGUUUGGACAUCUCCGAGGGAUCCCGCGGAGCUACACGGUGAGAAGCAAAAAGGAGCCAAACCUGAGCCCAGAUCGCAGUCUGCAAAACCUGUGAGAUGCUCAGAAACCACCUGACAGGUGAUUUACAGCAUUUAGACAAACCAGUGUGUUAGGACGUGCCCAACUCAUCAUCACUGGGUAGCCCAUGCACAUGCAUGACACCAUGGGUAGCUCCCCCGAGGUGCUAUCGUGGACUUCAUGCCCCAGUCUGCUGGUGGGCAAGCUAAAGGAGGAGCUCAAACUCACUGUGGUUGGGGACGCCAUGAAGAAAUCAAACUCGCCCAACUCCCAACCUCAGCCUCCUCAGGCGCCUCCGUCCAAUUUACCUCCUCAGAUUAUCACAGACCUGGCCCCGCCGACACACCUGCCUGUUCCCCUGCAGACACUGCAGACGCCCGGCCAGGACGAGGACUCAGUGCUGGGGGUAUAAGUCCCCCCUAACACAGCCUUGAGUGUGGACUCGACACGGAGCGAGGGUGGGCACUUUGACAACAGCGUGCUCCAGCUGCAGGAGCACGACCACGAGGAAGCCGUAUCUCCGGCCUCCUGUGAGCACGUUGGGUGUGGCAGUGGGAUGGAGGAGCAGACAGGAGAAGGAGAGUGUCCCAUUGACCACAGUGGAGAGGGGAGGCAGAGCCACCCCCAUCACCCUGAUGACAUCAAGCUGCACUUCCACAGAGCCGGGCCUGGGUCGGGUGGCUUCUUAGAGGGUCUUUUUGGCUGUCUUCGGCCUGUCUGGAACAUCAUAGGGAAGACAUACUCGACAGAAUACAAGCUACAACAGCAAGACAUGUGGGAGGUUCCAUUUGAAGAGAUUUCGGAGCUGCAGUGGCUGGGCAGCGGAGCACAGGGAGCCGUCUUCUUGGGCAAGUUCCGCUCUGAAGAGGUGGCCAUCAAGAAGGUGCGUGAGCAGAAGGAGACGGACAUUAAACACCUGCGAAAACUCAAGCAUCCAAAUAUCAUCAGCUUCAAGGGUGUGUGCACCCAGGCACCUUGUUACUGCAUCAUCAUGGAGUACUGUGCCCAGGGCCAGCUGUAUGAGGUGCUGAGAGCGGGGAGGAAAGUGACCCCCAGGAUGCUGGUGGACUGGGCCUCCGGCAUCGCCAGCGGCAUGAACUACCUACACCUACACAAGAUCAUCCACCGAGAUCUCAAGUCUCCCAAUGUUUUGGUCACCCACAACGACACUGUGAAAAUCUCUGACUUUGGAACGUCCAAAGAGCUCAGUGACAAAAGUACAAAGAUGUCAUUUGCGGGUACGGUGGCCUGGAUGGCCCCAGAAGUGAUAAGAAACGAGCCUGUGUCUGAAAAAGUAGACAUCUGGUCAUUUGGAGUUGUCUUAUGGGAACUGCUGACUGGAGAGAUUCCCUACAAAGACGUGGACUCCUCUGCCAUCAUUUGGGGUGUUGGCAGCAACAGUCUUCACCUUCCCGUCCCCUCCACCUGCCCAGAUGGCUUCAAAAUCCUCAUGAAACAAACAUGGCAAGGCAAGCCCAGGAACAGGCCUUCGUUUCGUCAGAUCCUCCUACACCUCGACAUUGCCUCUGCUGAUGUCCUAGGAGCUCCUCAGGAGACCUACUUCAAGUCUCAGUCAGAAUGGAGAGAGGAAGUGAAGAAACAUUUUGAGAAGAUCAAAAGCGAAGGCACCUGCAUCCACAGGCUGGAUGAAGAGCUGAUCCGACGCAGGCGGGAUGAACUCAGGCACGCUCUGGACAUCCGGGAGCACUAUGAGAGGAAACUGGAGAGAGCCAACAACCUCUACAUGGAGCUCAGUGCCAUCAUGCUACAGCUGGAGGUCCGAGAAAAGGAGCUAAUGAACAAUCCCUGCAGGAGAGAGCAGGCAGUGGAGAAGAAAUAUCCCGGGACCUACAAGCGCCACCUGGUCCGACCAAUCGUCAGGUCCAACGCUGUAGAGAAGCUCAUCAAGAAGAAAGGAAGCAUUUCCCACAAACCUGGGAUGCCCCCUACCAAAAGGCCAGACUUGCUUCGUUCUGAUGGGAUCCCCAGCGUUGACUCUCUCCCCUCCCCCUCGCCACUAUCAGCCAGCCCGAAGGUCUCCACACCUCCUGGUAAAGCCCGCUACAGAAGCAAGCCUCGUCACCGCCGCGCUAACAGUAAAGGAAGCCACAACGAGUUCCCCGGGCUGCUGAAGCCUAUCGCUGGGGCACUAGAAGAUACCCAGUGUCUUCAGGAGCAGCAUUUCCACCAUCACCACCACCACCCACCAACCGUGGGGCCCUUCCUCCCCUUGAAGGGCCGCGAAGAGGCCGUUGUUAAUUGUGCCAAUAACCUGCGCUACUUCGGCCCCGCCGCUGCCCUCCGUAGCCCUCAGACAGACCACCUGCAGCGCCGCGUUUCCGGCUCCAACCCUGACCUCAUAUCCACCGCCGUGGAUGCAGACACGCGGCAGCGGACUUCAUCCAUCAGCUCCAAUCCUGUCCCCGGUGCUGGUGCUGGUUCUUUAUGUCCCUGCUGCCAGGCUCACCCCUUCCCUGGCUGCCUACACUGUCAGGAGACCCCUCCUCCAUCAAACCACCCAGAGUUGUCCCACUACUCACUGCUCAACACCCAAGAAGGUACCCCCUCUUCUUUAGGGGCUCCCAGCAAAGAUCAAGCCUCAGACGGAGAGGCCAUAAAAAAGGCCGAGCCACAGGAACAAGAGGCAUGCCAACACACUCACGCCCUGCCCACUGCACUGCCCCGCACUCUCAGACCUCUCAGGAAGGGUGGCGAUGAGUCAUCUGAAGAGGAAGAGGGGGAGGUUGAUAGUGAAGUGGAGUUUCCAAGGAGACAGAGACCUCACCGCUGUAUGAGCAGCUUCCAGUCCUACUCCACCUUCAGCUCAGAGAACCUGUCAGUGUCUGAUGGAGAAGAGGGAAACACCAGCGACCACUCCCACAGCGGGCCCCUGGAGAGGCUGAGCGCCAGCCAGGAGGAGCACCUGGAUGAGCUGCUGUCGCACACACCAGACAUCCCCAUCGACAUCUCCACCCAGUCGGACGGCCUCUCUGACAAGGAGUGCGCCGUCCGCAGGGUGAAGACCCAGAUCUCUCUGGGAAAACUGUGCUCUGACGAACACAGCUACGAGAAUCCGCUACAGUUUGGCGACUCAGACUGCGAUACAUCAGAAGCAGAGUGCUCCGAUGCCACCAUUAGAAACAACAAAGUCGGGGCUCCUUCCUCAUGGUGAAACCUCCCCCAGGGCUUGGUUCUGUUUUUGCCUGGAGGCCAUCGUGUCCCACUCUGCCCUGCAGAAAAUACAGCAAUAAGAGGACGACAUUGUAAACAAAGCUCCCUAUAGCAAAGCCCCAUGCAGUCUCUCCCAGAACCCCCCUCCACCCUUACCCUUCCCUUUCACAAAACCCAAUCUUCCCUCAUCUCUAGCACAGCAUCCGGGCAACCCAUGGCAGGGAUUCCCUUUUGAAUGAUAAUGUACAGUCGAUAGUGUAACAUUCAUAAUUUAUUUUUGUCUGAGUUUUGAAGGAAAAAUUCAGGACUUCUUUAUGUUCUCUGAUCCAAACAGAGGAAGAAAAAAAAACCCAGACAUUUUGAUACUGAGCAUGGGCUUAACUGUGUGUUGGGGAGAGGCUGAGAUUGGAUGAAGAUGCAGAUGGUGAUGAUAAUGAUGAUGAUGAUGAUGAGAAGGAGGAUGUGUUCGAGUGCUGAUGUACACCGAGGUUGACAACUAGCAGCGUGGAGUUGCAUCACUGCUGUUGUCGGUCUCUCAGGUGACUGACGCAGACUGGGAGCGUCGCUACAAGCCUUUUGAUCUGGCUACGGUUGCUUUUCAGCAUCUUACCGUUUUAGACUGAAGUCCCCAACCAACCAUACAAGGACUCCCUCUUACUAAAAGUAAACCCAACCUGCUUUAUCAUGAGUUUACAGUGCAGAGCCCCAGUUGCCCCACGCCUCCCUCCACAUCGACCCUGCCCUCUAUCAUAGUGAGUGGGGAACAGGGAGCUCAUGAAAACAGUGUGAACACCAGCAUGAACCACCUGCCUCGCAACCGGACCGCCCUCACCCUCUCCCUCUCGCUAGAGCCACCACAUGUGUCUAGUCAUCAGGAUCCCACGCUGAACUGUCCUAGCAUGCCUGUGCAGCUCGCAGAAAAUGCAAAAAGCUGCCGGAAGACUGCAUGAAGUGGACAAGCCAGCAGACCAAAAGAGAUGAAGACUCGGCUGAUGGCUAAGGAAAAGAAUUAAAACAAAAACAAAAAAAUGAGACUCUUCCUCUGUGUCCCAGCUCAUCCUUUCCUCCAAGACACGCCAAUGUCAUUGUCAUCAUCAAUCAGAUGUCAUGACCAGAGUUGUUGAGGGAGUUAUCAGAGUGUUUGUGUGUGUGUUUGUGUGUGUGUGUGUGUGUGUGUGUGUGUGUGUGUGUGUGUGUGUGUGUGUGUGUGUGUGUGUGAACACAAAAAAGCCCUUUUUCCUCUCCAUUAGACAUUACAGUUUCAAGUCUCAUCUCAGGAUUGUUCGAGGACUGUAAGAAACUGGACUGGACCAAUUAUUGUAUGUAGGAGUCUUCUUUGAGCGGCACAUAUUACAGACCACGCAGGAACAUUAAAGAAGGUCUUGCAGAUAGCCUUGAUGUUCAACCCAUUAUUGCUGUAACGGACAUUAAAGUUAUGUAGACAUGUAGAGCGUUUUUUUAGUUGCAAUCCAGGUGCAGUAUCCCAUUUCUUGAAAUCACUAGGUGCAGCGUCUCCAAUGUACCAUUUUCUAGCAGGGUAAUUUAUACUGUCUAAUAAGCAAUGUCCAAGAAUGCUCAUUGUUCUUCUGUGCUGUAGUGAAUAAAACAGCAAUAAUGUACUGUAGGUCGACCCUCAGGUGAGAAAUGGGAGUUGCUUGCUCAGGAUCCGGGGCGUCUAGCUGGCUAGACACAAUAUUGUGACUGGUGGCUAGAGGAGAGCAGCAAGUGUCCAAACAGCUUAUUAUAGAUGCUAUAUUUUUAAAUUGUCCCAUUUUUUGUGAACUUGCCUUUCCAGAGAUUGAUGCUCAGGUUUUUAUGUUGCCGAUUGACAGCAGGAGCAAUAUAUCAACAGCCACUAGAUGGCGACAGUUACAAUGACUUACUUCUCCUUGUGUUAUGUAAAUGUCCUGGUUCGAUUCCUUCUUUUCAACACAUGGUAAUUUAUGUCUCCUAUGACCAUCCAAAUCCAAGAAUCCCAGCAAUAUUACUUAUUUUUUUUGUGUGUCUUGUUGUCUUUUGAAAAUGGAUACUGCAUCUGUGAGAGCUUUAUUUCCCCCCCUGCCACCUGUAGAGUGUGUGUCGUCCACCUUUUAAUGACUUAACGGUUGAAAAUUAGCCAGCCAGGAUUGAAAUUUAAAGAUAAUGAUGUCAAGACGUCAGCUGAAGUGUACACAGACGGCUGAGUUUCUAAGUUAGGAAUAUAAGCCAGAGACCACAAAAGGCCACAGAGCAAAUUUAGCUGCUCUUGGUUUUUCAAACAACCUCAUUUCAGUGUUAGUUACUCCUGUAUAUAAACACCUGUAAAUGUAAUGUAACCCCGUUUUUUGUCCUCUCUCUUUUAACGUAUCGCACAGCAGGGCGAGCUGCUGUCACUGAUGAGCAGCCGGCUGGUUGAAAAUGAGCAGAAUAUAUCUGUAUUACAUCAGUAUUGAUCACCGCAGGAGAGGGUGUGAGUCAUAAGAACAGAGUAGCACAAGGUGAAUCUAAAACUGUACUGAUGGAUCAAUUAUCUUUUUGUGCUUGAAAAAGGCUUACACCUGGUACUGAAAGCAGCUGCUGCCUCUCCUCGACCUUUUCUUCACUCAUGUUUACGUACGUGUGAAAUAACCUAGUGUAUUGUAACGACUGGGUAAUCCGAUCAAGCUGUUAAUAACAUUGUCUAUCUGGCAUAUAUCCUGUGAAGUAUGAUUGUUGUAAAGUUUUAAUUUAAUUUUGAUUCUUUUUUUUUUGUAGCUGGCCUACAUGAUUAUUGAAUUAAUUUAUUAUGAAUGACUGGUAAAGGUGCGUUGUUCUUUUUAAUUUCAGGCAGCUUUAGAAAAAAAUGUCAUGACCUAUGAUUUCUCCUGGAAAGUAUUAUUUAAAAGGAAGCACAAUGAAUUGGUAUGGGAAGAGGACAGUAUUUGUAUGAUAGAACAAAAAAAGCAUUGUCAUAUCACAUUAAUCUGGAUUUCUUUUUUUUUGUUACCUUUUGUGACCCUGCAGAGGGGGACCAUUCGUUAUUUAGAUCAGCAUUGUGGAUGAAGCAUUGAUUUUAACAGACUUUUCAUCAGUAAUUAGCAAACAGGUGUUUCCUAAAAAGCUUUUUUAUCUCGACAUAGGCUAUAGGGAAUCACUUGUAGUACAAACCAAAAGCCAGUCAGUAGACUGUCAAAGCAGGGUAAAAUGAGACGUUAUGUCUGGAGGCACGUGUCAUGCCAAUUUCUGUACUUCUGCAGAAAUCCCUUCCUCUCAUUUUUAAUCAUAAAACACACCAGUUACUUACAUUUGAAUUUCUGUGAAAUUGUCUAAAACUGUGGACAUCAUGUUGCCUCAUCCCACGUAUCAAACAUCUGUUUCUUUGUUACUCUCAUUUCCAUCUCCCUUUCCUGUUGAAUGGCAUUAUGAUCAACCAAUCCUGUCAGUUUCCUGUAUUAUCCAGUGUACAGUGCAAUGGGUAUCUGGGAGAAUAAAAUCUGAGCAAACAACUGUGCAUGGAAUAAAUGCUGAUGUACUGUACCCAAAA